AUGGAUAAAAUAAAAAAUAAAUCUUGUUUGAAAAUAAUUGGACUGAUUUGGAUUCUGAUUGAAUGUAAUCUCGUUGCUGGAAAUAUCUUUGGAUUUGCCUCAUUAUUCAGUGAAUUACAUCGUUGUGGUAUUUAUGAAACAAAAUGUGAAAAUUCAUCUGAACUAAUUGUAUUAAAUAAUACAGAGACAAUGGAAAAAGAAUGCUCCGGCCAAAUGAAAAAAUAUGAACUUGCUUUUACUUUGGGUAUUGGAUUUUAUAAUUUACCAGCUAUCAUAGUUGGUAUGAUUAGUGAUUAUUUUGGACCUCGAUGUUUAAAAUUAAUUGCAAUUGUUUUUCAUCUGAUCAGUUGGUUGUCACUUGGAUUUGUAGCACCCAAUCGUGAUUGGCUUCUUCUAUUUCAUACAAUAUUUUUAUCUUUAGCUGGAAUUUGUACUUUACUUUCAUCAUUUUCUAUAUCAGCUAAUUUUAGUCAACGUCGAGGUCUUGUUACAGCACUGAUAUCAGGUGCACAGCUGACUAGUUCAAUUUGGUAUGCAAUAUUUCAAAUUUUGAUUGAGAAAAAAUUGAUUUCUCUUUCUACGUUGGCUUUUAUAUGGGCAUCAUUUGCAAUAUUAAUGUUUGGUAGUGCUAUGCUUUUUCUUGAUUGGCGUUUUACUUGUAUUGAUUCAACUUUGAAAUCCAAACAAACAAAAACAGAAGUUAAAACAAUUACUUCACAUGAUACAUUAACUAAACAUUUAUUAAAUCCAUUAUUUAUUGUUGUAACACUUUUUCUUAGUUGUCUACUUCUUACAAUCUCAUAUCUUCCCGUUGUUUGGUAUAAAUGGCUUAUGCAUUUAACUAACAAUAAUAAACAAUCAACCACUAAUUAUACUUUCUGGUACAAUAUGAUUGCUAUUUUGGGAAUUAUCGUUGCACCAGUUUGUGGUUUAAUUAUUGAUUUUAAAGUUUCUCGUGGUUAUACACAAAAAAUGUUUAAUAUAUCGAUUUUACAAACCCUUACUUGGAUUACUUCUGUAGCACUUUGUAUUGUUUGUAUGUUUCAAUCGAUUGUGGCAGCUAUAAUAGCUUUGAUUAUUUUAAUUUUUUCACGUACAAUUCUUGUGGCUGGAAGUCAAGCAUUAAUUGCUACUAUUUUUCCGCCUCAAUUUAUUGGAUCACUUCUUGGAAUUAUGUGGACCACAGCGGGCAUCAUUAGUUUUGUUACAUAUGCUUUAGUACGUUUAGCAAGUAAUCCGAAAGAAAUUUGGAAGGGUUGGGUAGUAAUUUUAUUUCUUUGUAUUAUUAUGAGUGGACAUUUAAUUCAAGUUUGGUUUUUAUAUAUCAAAUCAAAAAAAGAAAAAAAGAAUCAAUCAUCAAUAAUGAAUGAAGAAGAAAUGAAAACAUUAAAAUCUUCAAAUGAUAAUUAG